AUGGCUUUACCAGCCAGAGAUUUCUGUAAAUACAUUCCUCAAUACAAAUGGCUUGAAAAGGAGUUCACCAUGGUUAACCGAGCUGAGACGCCAUGGCUUAUUGUUCUUCUUCACUCACCAUUGUAUAACAGUAACAACUACCACUAUAUAGGGGAAAGCAUGAGAGUGCAGUUUGAAUCCUGGUUUUUUUAAAACAAAGUGGAUAUUGUGUUUUCUGGUCAUGUUCAUGCCUAUGAAAGAACUGUAAGAAUAUCAAAUAUUAAGUACAACAUAACAAAUGGACUGAGCACUCCAGUAAAGGACCCUUCUUCACCAAUAUACAUUACCAUUGGUGAUGGUGGUAAUGUUGAAGGCAUUGCCAACAGUUUUACUUAUCCACAACCAAGUUAUUCCGCAUUUCAAGAAGCAAGUUGGCACGCGGUUCUCGAGAUUAAAAAUCGGACUCAUGCCCAAUAUACUUGGCACUGUAACCAGGAUAGCAAUGCAGUUGCUGCAGAUUCUCUUUGGUUGCAUAAUAGGUACAAUUAUCCUGAAGAAGAAGCAUAA